AUGAAUUCAUCAGCUGAUGAUUAUUUGACCGAUAGCCAUAACUGUAAAGAUAAUGACACAAUGAUAGGUGAAACUGUUGCUUGGACACCAUCCUUGAUGAUAUCGGAAUGUUUCGAGGUGUAUAGAAUUAGGAUCAAUAACUUCAGAGAUAUCUAUGUAAAGUGCUUUAGAAAGUAUUCACGUAAACAAGCGUAUAAAUCAAACCAAUCAGCUAAAUGCCUUUUAGCUAUCGGUGCAAUUCUGUCACAACUUCAGCAUAUCGCGAAGUACUAUCGCUGUUCUUUCAAGUGCUGCAAAAAUCGUCGUAUGAUUUCAAAUAUGCUUUGCCACAAAUUUCCAAAUUCAAAAAUUCGAACUGCAUAUUUUCUAUUUUCUAUUCAUUCAAAUGACGACGAAUCUUAUAAAGGUAAGCAACAGUCGGGUGAAGAGGAACAAGAAGGCAUCAAUCAUGCAUUGUUCAAAAGUAAUUUUGAGCAAAGAUUACGGCAGUGUUGA